UCUAUAUAAAUUAUAUAUAACAUUAAUUUUCUUUCGGCCACCUAAAGGGUCCUUUUGAACCCGGUUUUGCUCGCUUUAUUUACACAUCCAGCUUAUUAUUAAAUUCCUCCUCAUUAUUAAUGUUCCUGUCAGGUGAAUAAAAUAAAUAAAUAAAUAAACAGUAAUUUUCAUCUUUACGAACGCGAAUAGUUAUGAACAUCUUGUUGAAAAUGAUUCCGGAGCUGAAGCACGCGUCGGUGCGUAUGAGAGACGGAGGACGAGUGGAGACCAUCAUCGAACACAUGCGGAGAGAAGGACCUAAUGCACUGCAGGUGAUUUCUGACUUCGACAUGACGCUCACUAGAUUUGCUCACAACGGGACACGCUGCCCUACCUCAUAUGGUAUUCUACACAGCAGCGCUGUCAUUAGCGAGGACUGUAAAGCCAAGAUGUCGGAUUUGUUUGAUCUUUAUUACCCUGUUGAGAUCAACAACUCGAUGUCGGUGGAGGAGAAAAUCCCUCACAUGGAGGAAUGGUCAGAGAUCACACCAUCAUUAACACCAUCUUCAGUCAGUAUUCUACACAGCAGCGCUGUCAUUAGCGAGGACUGUAAAGCCAAGGGUGUUGUGCGUGCAUUUAAGGGCGAUGUGAUCCACGCGUUUAAUAAAAGAGAGGGCGCUCUACAGAACACACAGCAGUUCGUACACGAUCGCAGCAACGUGCUGCUGCUGGGAGAUUCGCUGGGAGACCUGGACAUGGCCGACGGCGUGCAGGGCCUCCGCAACAUCCUGCGCAUCGGCUACCUCAGCGACAAGGUCGAGGAGAGGAGGGAGGCGUACGUCAGGUCUUAUGACAUCGUGCUGGAGAAGGACGAGACGCUGGACGUCCCAAACGCGAUACUUAAUUACAUCACAGCGGAGAAACGAGACCACGCGCCCGUCUGAAAGGUCACCCAGCCAAUGGGAAACCAGCAUCCCAGCCAGCGGCCAAUCAGGAUUAAGCUGGGGUUCGGAUCAUCUGUAAUGGCGUCUCUUUUAUUAUUUUUUCCCCUCAGAUUUUAUAUUAUUUUUUAUACAUUUUUAUAAAUUGGGUGAGUUUCUCAUAUCUAAACAUUUGAGAUAUUUUCACUCGUACAUUAAAACGUCCAUCUCCACUCUACGCUGUAAUCUCGUACAGGAGAUAAAUUCGUAUGUUAUUCACAACGGAACAUAGAAAACAUAUUAAAAUGUUUAAACUAAGGAAAUGGACCGUUUUAAAGGGAAAAUAAGGUCACUUUGAGUUUGAUGGCCGCAACAUGUCUCAAAAAGUCGGGACUGGGACAACGCAAGGCUCUUUUUAUACUCAAUCACGUUACUGACCUGUCGCCAGUUUACCUCCAGCUGUUUCUUUCCAGUAGCACUUUACUUUUCCAGCCUUUUGUUGCCUCUCAUUUGUGUAACAUAAAUUAUAAGAGAAUUAAAAUGUGUUUUUGACCUUGGAUACACUAAAACAUGGACCAACUGAAUAUUUUGCGCACAAAAAAAGAAUUCUGUACCUUUUUCAGCUGUACUUUUAUUUUAUUUAAAUCUCAUUUUAAGAACUUGCAUAUUGUCUUCUUUUUUAUUUUGUCUGAAGAAUCAGAAGCUCGUGAAUGUAAAAGAUGUGGCCGUGUUCUUGUUUUCCAUCAAUUCAGAUAAUCAGCGCCCCCUGCUGCCUUCCAGGUGAACUGCAACUACAGUAACGUAGUUAAGUAAGAGACCAAAACUAGAACAUUUAUUUAUUUAUUGAUUGAUUGAAGUUGUUUUGCAGCACAAACAAAAACCUGCACAGUUUAUACAAAGGAACAUUUCCCAGUUCACACCAAAGAGCUUUACUACAAAAUGGAAAAUAAAAUAAUAAUAAAAUAACGUCUGUCACAUCUUUCCAUGUGUACGGAAUGGAGAACGAAGGCCACAUUAUUUUCUUGUUUCCAAAAUACAAAUAAUACGUUUAAAAAAAACAGUGCAAGUCCACUUUAGAUGCUCUGAUAUUUUUCAUUUUUAGAAAAAAAGACAAAAU